UCAGACCUUCUAACGUUAAAGUGCUAAACGUUCCUAUCAGCACAGUGCACAUGGUGAAGUGGGGGAAGACUCAAUGGGGUGUGUCCCCAUUAUCCAACUCUUGCCAGAAUGAGGAGUGCCCUUCAUAGUGUGCAUGCUUAGGUGUCUGAGCACAUGACUGCCUGAAAGACUAACGUUAGUAAUUUAUGCUCAUCAUCUAAUGCUAUGUCUCAUACACGUUGGUCUGAUUCUGAGGAAAUAAGCAUCCAUACAUCCUGCUGGACAAUGACCCAAAGGUUUUUCUGUCUGCUGGUGAUUAUGGGCUUUUGUACCAUGUGGCAGAAGGCGGAUGCUAAGAUCACUUUAGGUAAACCUGUACUCAGUGGUCCCUCGAGAAGUUUAGUGGGAUCAUUUGAGGAAUUUUACUGCAAGCUGGACAAUAUCCAAACAAAUGAGACCAUUCUAUAUGACUUGUUUAAUGAAGUUAAUUUAUAUAGGGCUAUGGGGGAAUACAGCUCUCACAGCAAAGAGGAGGCCACAUUUCCUAGUCUUAUUACACCUGAUUAUGAUGGAACGUUAAUCUGCAAGGCCAGUGUGCAAAACAACUCAGAGAUCAGUCCCACCUUCAGCAGCUGGAUGAACUUCUCUGUAGUGGUGCCUGUAGAAGGUGCACACAUCAUAUCAAGCCCUCCUUCAGAAGAACUUUGGGAAAGAGACAGUGUGACUUUACAGUGUAAUGUAACUAAAGGAACUUAUGUAUCAUAUGAGUGGUUCCUGAAUGACAGGCUGCUCCUCAACGACAGCAACGAACUGCAUAUAUCAAGCCUUUCCAGUAAGGACAGCGGAAAAUAUGUCUGUGUUGCUACAAACUACUUAAAUGAGACAGAUUAUUACAACAGCAGGUCUGAUGGAAGGAAUGUUCAUGUUAAAGAACACCUGACAAAGCCUAAAAUCUCAUUUGAGGUCAUCAAGAAUGUAGAUGGAAAUUUCAGCGCCAAUGUGAAAUGCCAGGUGACAAAAGGAUCCCCGCCCAUAAACUUCACCCUUUUGAAAAACAAUCACAAGGUUAAUACAGUCAUCAGUGAACACCAAUAUGCCUUAUUUACUCUUCCCAUUACUCUGGACCAAGACAUGGGCAUGAUGUAUUGUCAAGCAAACAUGGGGAAAGGCCCACUGCAGAGUGAAAAUCUGGACAUUAAUGUGGAGUCAGUAGGAGGUAAUGUGACAAUGGCACUGCAAAAAGGUAUAGGGAGAGAUUUUGAAGUGUCGGGUGUGUGGCUGAAUUGCAAAGUGGAAAGAGGAAUGCAUCCCCAGUACAACUGGUUCAUCAAUAACACCAGGCUGGAAGGACAAGGGUCGUUUUACAGCACAUUUGCCCCAAACAACUCAGGCCUCACAGUCAGCUUGUACCCAAACAGUGGCAGUGCUGGGUUCUACCACUGUGAGGCUUUUAACUCAUUUGACAACACUACAAGACUGAGAAGUACCACGAUUCUAAUUAGUCAUGAAGUGUUUAACAAAGUAUCACCUGUGGUGACAGCCACCGUUCUCACCUUUUUCUCGCUGCUGAUUUGUGCCGUGUUAGCUUGCUGUGUUUAUGGAGUGGUGUUACGAAAAAAGCGAUCCAAGCUAUAUAUGUUUAGAUUAAAAGACUUCACAGACAAGCAUAUCCUAAUGGAUGAGGAUGAUGAUGAUGAUCAUCAUCAUCAUGAUGAGGAGAUUGAGGAGAACAAAUAUGAAGAAGAAAAUAAUGAUCUGGAUGCAGAGGAAUAUAUUGAAGAUAUGGAAGUUGUACAAGCCUCCAUGAUGAAAGAUUCUGAUGAGAGUGAAGAGGAAGACGAAGAUGAAGAAGAGGAAGAGACCAUCUUACAAUAAAGUUGAUGAAUAUUUGUAUAAAGUUACUAUUAAUUUAGUCAUUGCAAAGUCUGAGACCACAUUAAAAAUCUGGGAUUUUUUUAAAAACUGGAAAUAAACAGAAAGCUUUUGCAUUUUGAAAGGUCUAUAACAUAAAAUGGAAAUGGGAAACAUCUUGACUAUUCAAUGUUCAAGAUGUUGUGCAAUUUCUAGGUCACUAUUUACAUUUUAAGCGAAUGCGUGAUAUUGACCCUGUUAACUCCUCUCAGCUCGAGAGGUACAGCCUGAGAAAGGCCAUAGUCUUGGUGGUGUUAUUUUUCUACUGUUGCUGUGCUGUGAGUUUGCUCAGAAAUUACUGAUAAACAAUAAGAAACAGACAAGCUUACGUAUACAGUUUUUGCAUAAGAUUACCUUUCAGUUUGUUUAGCAUUGUAUGUUGUUUUAUAAUAUUGUCAUUUAAUAAAAUCUUUAUGUUUUUACUCUUA